UUAUUUUAAACAAAUUAUUUAAAUGUUCAGUCGAGAAACGGGCGUCAAGAUGAAAGCAGCUGCCAAGUUCGGUCUAAGUUUUCUGGUGCUACUCAGUGUUGUGUUUGGUCUGUCGGUGGCACAAACCCAGCUGAGGAGGCAGUAUGAGACCAACCGUCGUACACCUGCUCGCGACAGAGAUGCCUCGCUAAAACCAGCACCUGUGCGAGAAGCAGCUAUUCCCAGUAGGGCAGCCUCGGAUGACGAAUUGGACGCUGAAUUGUCCGAGAACUGUCCCGAGCCGAAUGGGUUUUUCGCGGACGCAGAACAGUGUGAUAAAUAUUAUGCGUGCCGCGAUGGACACAUUGAGGAGAAACUAUGCCCCGACGGAAUGGUUUUCAACGAUUACGAUCUGGAGCAGGAAAAGUGCGAUCUACCCUUUAACCUUGAUUGCUCCAAGCGACCAAAGCUUCAAACUCCCAUUCCUUCACAGCAUUGUCCUCGUCAGAACGGUUACUUUGGCAGUGAGAACGGAUCCUGCGAUAAAUUCUACUAUUGCGUAGACGGCAAAUUCAACAUGAUCACAUGUCCUGCUGGACUUGUUUUCAAUCCGAAAACCGGCAUCUGUACAUGGCCCGACGAGGCCGGUAAGCUGGGUUGCUCAUCGGAAGAGUUAUUCAAGUUCUCAUGUCCAAAAGUAAACGAAACGUUUGCUGUUAGUCAUCCAAGGUACGCUGAUCCAGAGGAUUGCCAGUUUUUCUAUGUGUGUAUCAACGGUGAAACUCCUCGCCGUAAUGGAUGCAAACUGGGGCAAGUGUUCGAUGAUACCGCAAAACACUGCGAAUGGGCCCGAAAAGUUCCAGAAUGCGCCGAUUGGUAUAAAAACCGCUUAUCUGAAGCUGAGUUGGAUGCAUUGGAGAAUCCACCAACUACUAAGGCACCGGCAGUGAAGGGCUCGACGAAGGUUUCACGUCGACGGCCGUCUAAAAGACCAAAGCAGGAUGAGGAGGAGUAACAGUGUACCGCGUAUACAAUAUGUGUUUGCAAUUAACGCAAAUCAUAAUACUCAUAGUAGUUGAUACUUUGGAUCAAUACUCAAAUAUUGUUAUUUAUUUGUUUUCCGGGUUCAUCAAAUUACAUCAGAUUGAAGAGAAA